AGUUGCUUGCUUCCCUUCUAGGCUGCUUGUGUCUCUGGAGGAGAAGAACCAGUGCUUCCGAAAACUGGAAGAACAGAACCUGGUGCUGAAAAAUCGUGUGUCUCGCUUAUUUUCUGCUCUUAAGCAGGCAGAGCAGCUCUGUUCUGAGCAUAGGAGGUAAAUGCAGGAGCUCAACACCCAGAUGCAGGCCAUGCUGCUGGCAGAGAUAGAGAAGACAGCUCAGCAGGCAACUGAAGAGAAGCAGCUGCUGGAAACUGAGGUGUCUGAGCUGCGUGUGAGGCUCCAGAGCUCUGAGGAAAGAGCAGAGGCCAUGGCCACACAGUAUUGGUGGAAGACACAACUCAAGCACAUUUCUCGAGAAAGUGCCCUGGAGAAAGAGGCCACUGAAAGACAGGAAGAGGCUGUGACUCUUCGUCAGGAGGUGGCAUCUCUGAAGAGGAAAUUGGAGAACCUGGAGAAGGAAAGGAAGGAUGUGCUGCAUGAACGGGAAUUGAACCAGCAGCAAAUGAGAGAUGUGAAAAGGAAGAAUGAAAUGUGUGCACCUGAGAGGCCAAAUCACCAGGAAAGAACUCAACAAUUGGACGUUGAAAAGGAAAUAAAGCAGGAAAAGUUGGAGCAUGGGACUGCUGCUUUGAAGAAAGGAAGAGGGAGUGCCCUGAGUGCUGCACUGAGCAAGUGUAAAAUUGCCAAAGUGUGUCUGCAGAAAGGCUUGGCCUUCCUGAAGGGAGAGUCUGGUAUCCAGGCAGGCACUGGCAUUGACCUUCAGUCCACUCCAGAGUCCCUGAGCUAUUCCAGUGCUUCUUCCCAUGAAGAGCAGGAUGCGGAAGCAGAAGUGGAACGACUGAUAGGCGGCUCAGGGACCAUCCUGGAACCCGAGCAACCACCUGCAUCAUUAGAAAAGGAGAAGAGAGAGAGUCCUGAAGUAUCCACCGAGCCCAGAAGAAGUGGUGAGCAGCAGGAUGUUGAAGCACAAGUGGAACAGCUGUUCCGUGGCUCAGGGACCAGCCUGGAACCUAAGCAGCUGGCUGCAUCAUCAGAGGAGGAGAAGAAAGAGAGUCCCGAAUUAUCCACCGAGCCCAGAAGAAAUGGCAAACAGGUGGAACCUGAAAGGAGAAGAAUCAGAACUUUUAGGAGAGUGUUCCUCCCAGACUACAUUACGUUUCCUGUCCACGAGUCUGCCCAUCAAAAUCGGUCAACUUUUGAAAUGGAAGAGUCCUCCAGCAGCUAUGGGGAGCAACAGCCCUCCUGCUGACGCACAGCCUGUGGAGAAAGGGGUGUCCCUCUGCAGGCACAGCUGGCCCAAGACCGACAGGACCACCUGGAGAGCUGUGCAGGCAGCAGGCAGGAGACACGAGGUGCAGAAAGGACCUCCUUGCUUCCUGAAUGUCUCAGAGGAGGCAGGCUGCAGCUGGAUGCAGGCUUAGAUUUAGUCAGUAGUUUAUCUUUAAACAAUAGCAUAGAUGCAAUUGAACCUUUACACAACUCUGUUCCAUAGGAUGUAAGAUAUAUUUAUAGAAAAAUAAAGAGUUUAUUAUGAUCAUGAUUA